AUGGCAGCUGGGAACAGCGCUGGCUUUGCUCUGCCAGCGUCUGCACCGAGCUGCAUUAUAAAGCGUUAUUGUGAGAAGAGGUUCGUUCCCAAAUACCUGGCGACUAUUGGUAUCGACUACGGCGUCACAAAAGUGCAGGUCAGAGACCGAGAGAUGAAGGUGAACAUCUUUGACAUGGCGGGGCACCCGUUCUUCUACGAGGUGAGGAACGAGUUUUACAAGGACACGCAGGGGGUCAUCCUGGUCUACGACGUCGGACAAAAGGAGUCUUUCGACGCGCUGGACGCGUGGCUAGCCGAGAUGAAGCAGGAGCUGGGCCCGCACGGGAACAUGGAGAACAUUGUCUUCGUUGUCUGUGCGAACAAGAUCGACUGCACCAAGCACCGCAGCGUGGAUGAAAGCGAGGGGCGGCUCUGGGCAGAGAGCCGGGGCUUUCUUUACUUUGAGACAUCAGCACAAACAGGAGAAGGAAUCAACGAGAUGUUUCAGACUUUUUACUCCGCCAUCAUCGACCUGUGUGACAACGGCGGGAAGCGUCCCCCCUCCAGCGUGGGGGUCAGCUUCACCAAAGAGCAGGCAGAUGCCAUUCGCAGGAUUCGCAACAGCAAGGACAGCUGGGACAUGCUGGGGGUCAAACCCGGAGCCACAAGGGAUGAAGUGAACAAAGCCUAUCGGAAGCUGGCCGUGCUGCUCCACCCCGAUAAGUGUGUGGCUCCCGGCAGCGAGGACGCCUUCAAAGCGGUGGUGAACGCCCGAACCGCACUUCUCAAAAACAUCAAGUAGGGAACAGAACCACUCAGAGCUGGAAACCUUCCCCUCCUCCCAGCUAGCUCCCAGGCAGCCGUACGGCCGUGGGGCACCCUUCUCCUCCUCACGCUUACCGCUGGCAUGGACACAGACACUCCCAGCACCACCCGUGGAAGCAGGACUGCAUCCGACUGUACUGCGCUUGCGAUGUGGUGGAAAGGAGACAGAGUGCGGAGGAGGGGAGAGGGACCCCAGAACCCUCCCUGCAUCCGUGGCCCCAGGUUGUGGUUGGCGUUAAGUGCUGAAAGCAGUGAGGUCCCCACCUUCCUGGCUGUGUUACACCUCCUGGGAGUUACCAGCCGUGGAGGGGUU